AUGUUCCACAGCGGCAUCCCCGUUGGUGCUCCCUCGUCACCUUUACAGAGCCGUCACCAAAAUAGGUCUUCAUCUUCGUCGAGUUCGCUGGCGGCCACUCGAGGCCGUGGGGAUAGCAGUAACAGUUUGAGUGCUGAUGCCGGCGGUCCAAGGAGGGCGAUCUGGAGUCUUUUGAAUGAAGGCAACAACAACUCCAAUACCGACAACAACAACAACAAUUCUAUUCCUCCUCCUCCUCCUUCCUGGCGCUCACAGAGACCAUCAUCGCCGCCCACAGUUCGAUCGCCUUCGGUGUUGCGGGUUCCACUGCACGCUGUGGUCUCAGCUCCGAAUUUCGCCGACUCGAAAUAUUCCCCCGAUUUGCGUCGCAACACCAGCGCGUGUUCACUCUUCUCGAUGGGAAGUAGCCUUGAGGGCCACCCAAGGUCUGACUACUAUUCGUCUCCUACCCUUACGGGACGAAAUGCUCGCUCGCCGUGGUCACUAAUUUCGCCCACUAGUGCUGCUGCUAAUCCCGAGGGCAGCUAUCCGUAUGAGACUUCAGACCAGCUGGUAUUUGUCUAUGGCACACUCAAGCGGGGAUUGAAGAAUCACAAACUUAUGAUACCCAAGGCUGGAAGUGACGAUGUUGCCUUCAUUUCGGCCGCUCGAACUGAAAUCCCCUACCCCAUGAUUUACGACACCAACUACUUCAUUCCCUACGUCCUGGAAAUCCCCGGUGGUGGCUUGCGUGUUGAAGGUGAAAUCUACAGAGUAUCGCCAUCUAAAAUGAGGGAGUUGGACAUUCUGGAGGGAUGCCCUAGAAGGUAUGAGCGUGGGAGUAUCAUGGUCGUGCCUGAUGACUGUGAAGAAUUGAAAAAACAAAUGCCAGAAGCCUACGAAACCGCACGAAGAAAAAUUGUCAGACUUCGUCACCGCAUGCAUCUUCAUCGGAGACGAAGCUUACCAUACAAUGUCACAUAUAUUUUCGCAACAUGGAUGAACAACCAGUGUGGAAUUUUGACGAGACGGGUCACCGUGUCCGCUGAGAGGAACUACCUCGAAUGCCACUUCUCGCCUAGAAUCACCAGUCAGUUCUCAACAAGAACAGCAACAGCAAGAGUCGUCAGCAUCUGCAAUUUGUUCGUCAUCGUCAUCGUCGUCUUUGGUCUUGUCAGAAACUCAAGAAAAUCUUUUUUCGCAUCGGCAAAAAAACUAGUCUCUGAGGUAGAGCAGCAGCUCCUCAUCAUCAUUAUUAUCAGGGAUUUCUAUAUCGGUUGGGGAACGUCACUAAGACAGUUGGGUGCUGCACCUAAUGCCAAUGAGGAAAAAUAUUGGCGGUUUUUGUACACUGUGUGA